CAUGAUAGUUUUCAGUAAAACUGUGAACUUGUGAAUUUAAUUACCCUUUAUAUAUAAAGAUACUUGUGGUGUUUAUACACAGGAGACCAGAAACUAGGAAACAGUCUACUGCUUUGUAUUGGGAAAUAAUCAAAUCUCAAAAUUUUCUCAAAAUCUCAAAAUUUGUAUACUCUCUUCGUUGAUCAAAAUUUCUGCACCUCCCUAAUAAUGAAUGGAGUUUAGCACAUCUAUAUAUUUCUUUUUUGGUCAAACUAGCACAUCUAUAUCCCUACUAAAGAAUAAUGUGAUUUUCAUUCAUAUGGAUCCUUAUUUAUAUAUAACUACUUAUUCGAUCCCCUCUUAUUGCUUUUGAUGGUUAUCUUCUCAUUAGAGUCUUCUCUCUUAUUGCUCUCAAAUUUCUUUGCUUUUGUUUCCUCUUUAUUACAAGAGAGAUAUGUGGAACCUUAACGACUCACCCGAUCACCACGAAGAAUCCGACGGUAGAUGGAAUCGGGCUGGAGAUGUACCAAUCUCUAUGAGCUCAUCGGACAUGUGGCUGUUGUCUGCUCCUCCGGUGACCCGGAAUUUUUUUCCCAGUCAAAUCAUGGAACAAGAAGUUCCAGGAUUAAUAUCUGGUUCCGGUUUCAAUAGAAACCAAUGUCUUGUUCGGUCGGAUCCUAGUGGGUCUGCUCGUCCGGAAAACCUAGAGCUGGAGAUAACACCGCCUGUAAAAAAGAGCCGACGUGGUCCUCGCUCACGGAGCUCUCAGUAUAGGGGAGUUACUUUUUACCGACGAACCGGAAGAUGGGAGUCACAUAUAUGGGACUGUGGGAAGCAAGUGUACUUAGGUGGAUUUGACACCGCACAUGCCGCUGCUCGUGCCUAUGAUAGAGCCGCAGUUAAGUUUAGAGGCGUAGAUGCAGAUAUCAAUUUCAAUAUUGAAGACUACGUGGAAGAUGUGAAACAGAUGAGCAGUCUGACAAAGGAAGAGUUCAUGCAUGUCAUUAGAAGGCAAAGCACUGGGUUUCCAAGAGGCAGUUCAAAAUAUAGAGGAGUCACUUUGCAUAAAUGUGGAAGAUGGGAGGCUCGAUUGGGUCAAUUUCUCAACAAAAAGUACGUUUAUUUGGGUCUCUUUGAUACCGAGAUGGAAGCUGCAAGGGCAUACGAUAAAGCAGCAAUAAAGUCUAAUGGAAAAGAUGCAGUUACCAAUUUUGACCCUAAAGUAUACGAGGAAGAGCAUAAUAGCCAAGCAGAGAAGCAGUGGAAUGAUCAUAGCCUUGAUCUAUGUCUAGGGGAAUCAAACUCGGAAGAGUUUGGAACCAAAUCCGAGAUUGGGAGCAUGAGAAAUGGAUUUAGAGACGAGGAGAGACUGUUAGGAAGCCAUCUCUCGCUAGCGAUGACGACAACCGCGACUGUCGGAUCGGAUAAGCAGUUGGACGGUGGAGGAAAGCGAGUGGGAAUGGCGGCAUCAUCAGGAUUCUCUCCUCGCUUUCCUCCUUGGAACCACCACACUCCUCGCACCUUCCACUUCUUUCGUCCCUGAUUCACCAUCGUCGCAUUCAUCAUAUGAGCUACUUGUGAGUAUAUGCCUUGGAGAAACUGGUUAUUCCAGGAACUGUUUUUGGACUAUGUGGUGUGUAUUUCCAUAUAUGUUCCCGAGUCUAUUUAAGACAUUUCUUUCUGUAAUUUAAUCGUACAACAAAUGUCAAAUGUUAUUGGCUA